AUGGGCGCUUGGCUAUUUGUUUUUGCAUUCUUGGUUAAUGCGAUUAAUACUUUCAUGCAAGUACACUUUACUAUCAUGUAUGCUGAUUUAGAGGCAGAUUAUAUCAACCCUAUUGAGCUGUGUUCGAAAGUGAAUAAGUUAAUUAUUCCAGAAGCAGGUCUUCAUGCCUUUAUUUCAUUAGUUUUCUUGCUAAAUGGAUAUUGGUUUGUCUUCCUGCUAAAUUUGCCGGUACUUUUGUUCAAUGGUAAGAAAAUAUACACUAAAAUGCAGUUGUUGGACGCCACCGAAAUCUUCCGGACGUUGGGGAAGCACAAGAGGGAGUCUUUCUUAAAGUUGGGGUUCUAUCUAUUGAUGUUUUUCUUCUACCUAUAUAGAAUGGUCAUGGCGUUGAUUGCGGAAAAUGACUGA